UCUCUACAUUAUUCCACCACUUUCACAUCCAUGCAUGUCACUUUGAUUAAACACUCCGCAGAACCCUCUAAAUCCUUCCUCCCUUUUCUCCAAAAUUCACGAACAUCAUCUAUAGUGACCAAAUCACUCCCAUCGCCCUCUAUAUAAAGCUCUCACACACACACACCAUUUCCUCAUCAAAAUCAACAAAGACAAUCAACAAACAAAACAAAACAACACUUCACUGUUACUGUAUUUUGAAUAACAACAACAACAAUGUCUAUCAUUCCAAGUGUCUUCGGAACCGGACGAAGAAGCAACAUCUUCGACCCAUUCUCUCUAGACUUAUGGGAUCCAUUCCAAAACUUCCCUACCACCAACGAAACAUCAUCGUUCGCUAAUGCGCGCACUGACUGGAAGGAAACACCGGAAGCACACAUCUUCAAAGCCGAUCUUCCCGGCGUGAAGAAGGAGGAAGUGAAGGUUGAGAUUGAAGAGGAUCGUGUUUUGAAGAUAAGUGGAGAGAGGAAAAUUGAGAAGGAAGACAAGAAUGAUACCUGGCAUCGCGUUGAACGAAGCCAGGGAAGUUUUCUCCGGCGGUUUAGGUUGCCGGAGAAUGCUAAGGUGGAUGAGGUGAAAGCUGGGAUGGAGAAUGGUGUGCUUACUGUUAGUGUUCCUAAGGUGGAGGUUAAGAAGCCUGAUGUGAAGCCUGUUCAGAUUACAGGCUAAGUCUUCAAAAUCGCAACGGUGAUAAAUCUCCGUCCACGAAUCAAUGUGACACAUAAGAUGGAUUCUCCCUUCUGAACAAUAAGGUUGGAGAUGAAUAAUCACCCUUUAAUGAAAUGUAUUGAAUAAAAAUAAAUGUGUGCUUAUAGUUGAGUUGAUUAAGACAAGUAUAUCAUGUAUGGUGUGUGGUUUGUGAGUGUGUUGUCUUUUGUUCUGUUCGAUGUUCAUGUUAAUUAAUGGAUACUUUGUAUGCAAAGAGCUUUUGAAUAUAAUGAAAGUUUCUUUCAAUUGAACUAUAAA